AUGCCGAAGUUUGAGAAAUACAACGGAACCAGUUGUCCUGAGGCUCACAUUACAAUGUUCUGUCGAAGGAUGACAGGAUAUAUCCAUAAUGAUCAGUUAUUAGUCCACUGCUUCCAAGAUAGCCUGACUGGGGCAACAGCCAAAUGGUAUAACCAAUUGAAUCGGGGCCAAAUUAGUUCAUGGAAAGACUUGGCACAAGCUUUUAUGAAGCAAUAUGGUCACGUGACGGAUAUAGCACCUGAUAGAAUCACUUUACAAAGUAUGGAAAAGAAGCCGAACGAAAGUUUCAGGCAAUAUGCCCAGAGAUGGAGAGAAGUCGCUACGCAGGUUCAACCGCCACUGCUUGAGAAGGAAACGACAAUUUUGUUUAUCAAUACCCUGAAAGCACCUUUCAUCAAUCACUUGCUAGGAGGCGCAACCAAGAGUUUUUUGGAUAUAGUAAUAUCCAGUGAGAUGAUAGAAAAUGCAAUAAGGUGUGGAAAGAUAGAAGCGGGGGAGAGCACCAAGAAGUCAGUCCCACGAAAGAGAGAAAAUGAAGUAAACAAUGUAAGUAGGAGUAAUGCAACACCGAUCACUGUGAAUCAACCGAUAAUAGUAAACGCGAGUCAGCAAGCCUCAUCAAAGCAAGAGUCUGAUACAAAGUGGAAUACGGAGAAACUCCAGUUUACGUCCAUUCUAGUGUCGUAUAAGGAGUUAUAUCAAACUUUAUUUAAUACACAUGUUGUAUCCCCGGUUUAUCUGAAACCGAUGCAACCUCCAUAUCCCAAGUGGUACAAUGAAAAUGUCCAAUACGAAUACCAUACGGGAACCACAGGACAUGCGAUAGAAAAUUGCACCGCAUUUAAGAGGUUAGUGGAAAAGCUCCUUGAAAUGGGCAUCAUAAAAUUCGAUGAGUCAUCUAGCGGGGAAAAUCCGUUACCCAAUCAUGCCGACAAGGAGGUAAAUGCAGUAAUUGAGAAUACCGGGAAGAGAGUUAGAAUGACUGUGGCUGAAGUAAGAACACCAUUGAGAGAGGUUUGGAAGGAAAUAAUGAAGAGAGAGUUAAUCACGCAGAGUUCGGGAAACAGAUCCCAGAAAAUAGGGAACUAUUGUGAGUUCCAUGAUGAGGAGGAUCAUGAGAUCCAAGAAUGUGAUGAAUUUAGGGCCCUAAUACAGGAACUAAUGGACAACAAAGAGCUGGAAUUCUUUGAAUAUGUAGAAGAGAGAGAUGUAUGCACCUCAGAAUGA